AACCCUAUGAAUCAACGGCGCCCCAUCUUCGUCCAGACUGUUCUGGCGCUCUUUCUCUAGCUCGGCUGCUCGUGCCUCUCUCCUCGUAGUUUUGGUCUUGGCUUGAAUCAGAAGAGAUGGGGAGGGCUAAAAAGGGUCCUAAGUUUGCUACCAUGAAGAAGCUCGUCACCUCUAAAGCACUUAAACAUUAUAAGGAGGAGGUGUUGAAUCCAAACAAGAAAGAUCUUAGCAAGGAAAAGCUUCCAAGAAAUGUGCCACAAACUCCUUCGGCGCUCUUCUUCACUCACAACACUGCAUUGGGGCCACCAUAUAGAGUUUUGGUCGAUACCAACUUCAUCAAUUUCUCCAUCCAGAAUAAAUUGGAUCUGGAGAAGGGAAUGAUGGACUGCUUAUAUGCAAAAUGCACUCCUUGCAUCACUGAUUGUGUGAUGGCAGAGCUCGAGAAGUUAGGGCAGAAAUACCGUGUAGCUCUAAGGAUUGCUAAGGAUCCCCGUUUUGAUAGACUGCCUUGCGCCCAUAAAGGGACUUAUGCUGAUGACUGCAUUGUUGAUAGAGUUACUCAGCAUAAAUGCUACAUUGUUGCAACCUGUGAUCGAGACUUGAAGCGAAGGAUACGCAAGGUCCCUGGUGUGCCAAUCAUGUACAUUACUAAACACAAGUAUUCAAUUGAACGAUUGCCCGAAGCAACUAUUGGUGGAGCUCCGAGAUUUUGAUAAUGCACCUGGGGGGGUCUUUUGGCAGUGGGAAACAAAUGGUUUUGGCCUUCCAAGUGGCAUUUUGUUUAUAGCAAGACUAUAUAUUCUGUCAUUCUCAAGUUAGGGAGGGGGAAAAAGGGGAGAAUUUGCAGUUUUGGGUGGUGAUCUUGUUUUAUCCAUGAAGGUCUAAUGCCUCGCGGUGGUGGGCUACCUUUUGGCAUAAAAAGGGGAAUUUUUGUAUUAUGUACAAUCCAGGAUUCUCAUACUAUUAUGUCACUCUCUUAGGCUUUAUUAUUUGUUCUUUAGGUUACCUUUUCCCCCUUCAAUGUUUUGAGUACACGAAAAAGAGUCCCGAAAACGGAUAAUUUCUCCUAUUUUGUUUCCAGUUAUGUUCACUUUGUGGUUGGCUGAAAAUGAAAACAGGGGAUUUGUUCAAAGGGGAUGAUAUUGAAAAGCUUUUUCUUUGCUUUUGCACCA